AUGUUCGAGCUUGCGGCUUUUCUACAUAGCCGACCAGCCGAAAGCAAAGCAAAGAUUAUGGUUUGCCCGCCAUUGUUGGGUCCCAUCCGCCUGGGAAUUCAUUUCGGCAUGCUUCUACUCAUGCUGGUCUACUGGCCAGCAGUGUUUUUCGGCGGGCUGAAAGUCCUGGGUGUUGCUGCCUUCGUCUGUCUUUGCUGGGCGGGACAUACCGUGCGAGCAUAUUGGCGUGACGUUGACAUGAUGGAAAAGCAAGCCGGUCAGUUCUCCAUCGCUCGGAGCCUCUGUUCUUGCUGCGAUGCAGGCACGGAGUGCAAUAAGCUCACAUGUGACCGCAGGAUCAUUGCUGCGUGUAUCAGAGCGUGGUUUGGUUCCAUAUCCAUCUUCGAGGAGCGUGUGCAGUCCGAAGAACGGAAGUUACUUGCCAACCGUCUUCGCAACAACUCCAUCACCUACUUUGAAAUGGUGCAGGCGUCAGCUCCCAUCCUUUGGUUGGGGCUCGAUGUCAUGGCGACUCGAGAGAACAUGCACUUGCAAUCGGCCGAGCUAGCAAAGGAUUGCGCGCGGUGGCUGGCCAUCGUCCCGUUCAUCAUGAAGCUAUGCCUCCGCUUGACCUACUCCCUGCGAGCGCGCUGUUGCACUGUUCAUGUGGAUAUCUUGGUUUCCUGUGGAAUUGUGGUCGUCGCAGUCGCUUUAUUCCUGCUGAGUACAAUUAUUGACCUGAACAUACUUCAGCGGCUUAUUCCUGAUCUCUUCUACGCAAACCUCAGCUCCUUGGGCAUCUGGGGAGUGGCAGCCGCCCUGCUUUGGCAAAUUUUGCCGGAGAUCCAGGCCGGAGGGUUUAGGGUCUAG